UUUACCGAAUCUCAUUCUACUGCAGCCAGAUAACGAUACCCGUACAAUUUUGUCUGUUGUUCUGUUCUCCUGCUCAGCAGACACGUCUACAUUUAUGUCUGAAAGUUUCUUUUACAAAGUUGUUUAGUAACAUGAAUACCUUCUCGACACAAGUGACACAGGAAACGUUCGGUACGAUUCAAACCUCGAACGGAAUCCAAUCUGUGAAGAAAUUCACGUUGACCAACUUGCAUGGAGUUAAGGUGCAGUUAAUAACAUAUGGUGCUGCUCUUACUCACCUAUUUAUUCCCGACAAGAAAGGGCAGCUACAAGAUGUCGUGAUGGGUUUUGAUGACAUAGAUGGGUAUCUGUCGUCGCAUAACCGCUAUUUCGGGUGUACUGUUGGACGUGUAGCUAAUAGAAUAGCCCAAGGUCGUUUUCACUUAGAUGAAGUCGAAUAUCAGUUAGCUAUAAACAAAGGGGAUAAUCAUUUACACGGAGGGAAUAUGGGCUUUGAUAAAUUAAUUUGGCAAGCUUAUGCUCACCUAGACGGGCGGGUCACUUUCACUUACUCCAGCCCGCAUAUGGAAGAAGGUUAUCCUGGGCAUCUGUACACUCAAGUCACCUACAAGUUAACGGAUUCCAACGAGUUAAUCGUGGAAUUCAAUGCGCUGACGGAUCGACCAACACCCGUCAAUCUCACCAAUCAUUCUUAUUUCAAUUUGGCCGGACAUGACGCUGGAAGUCAACAACUUUACAAUCACCGAGCUCAAUUGUUUGCUAACCAGUACACACCCGUUGACUCGAAAAAUAUUCCUACUGGAGAGCUGGCCAAGGUGGACGAUACAGUUUUUGAUUUAAGGUCAGAGACGCGAUUGGGAGAUGUCAUUCAGCAAGUUCCCGGAGGAGGCUACGAUCACAACUUUGUAGUCAGCGAAAGUAACGUUAAAUUCGGCAACACAAUUCCUUUAGCGGCCAAGUUUUGGCACCCCGAAUCCGGGCGGCUAUUGGAGAUAUUCAGUGAUCAACCGGGUUUCCAAGUUUACACGGGCAAUUUCUUGCCGACCGAUGGCUCUUUGGUAGGGAAGAAUGGCACUGUUUAUACACGGCAUGGUGGUUUGGCCGUAGAACCUCAAAAUUUCCCCAAUGCCAUCAAUCAGCCCAAUUUCCCAGAUUCCGUCCUUCGACCAGGAUCUGACUAUCGCCGCACCAUCGUCUAUAAGUUUAGUAUCCAAUAGCCUUUUUUAUUAAAACAAAUGGUCAAAAAUAGUUGAAGUUUAAUACCUUUUGUUAUUGUCACAUCCAGUUUGUUGCUUCUCAGAAAUGAUGCAUUCCAGUACAUUAAUACACGUACUCGAAAACAA